CUACUCAGCCAACCACGUGUGUCGGUCGUGUUGGUGAGCGCUUGUGUUAUAUCUCUCUCACUAAGGAAACCAUAAUACGUUAUCUAGAAACUUACAGCGGACAUCUUAUUAGUGACAGUACACGUGUAUGGUGAGAUAGUGAUUCAUGCGACAGGUGUCCUCAAUGUGAUUAGCCUAAAGGUGUUUCGUGUCAACCGAGAACGCUAAUCAUCACUGAUAUAUAUUUCUAGUGACUAAUAAAUACUUGAAUUAUUACACUUUUGGACUAUUGUGUGAAUUACAAGAGUAGCCACAGUGUUGCCAAGAUGAGAAUUAAUCUUGCUUUAAGGUUGAUGUUGGUGGCGGCAGCAGCGUGUGGGGUGUGCGAGGGCGCGGUUGACAUGGUAAGGCUGUUUCGACCUGGUGGCAGCCCCUCCGUGACCUCUUCCACCCUCGCCUGGGUCACAGCCACACCAAAGCUACCCGAGCACGCCGUCCCCAUCAGCAACAGUAGCCCCACGGGGCCCCACUGGUGUCGGGGCAGACACCGGGGCACGCACAUCCCCGGCUCACUCGGUGAAGAUGGUAUCUGUGUCGUCCCCUUUUUGAAGAAACAACACAAAUUGGAGAGGUUCGACGUCCUUGUUUCACUGAAUGGAUCUGCGAGGAUGCACCUGACGCCAUGGGAUAAGUACACAGCCAAGCCCCAUAACUCCAUAUUGUCUCCAGAAAUGAUGCUGGCCGUCGCUCCGGUAGACUCGAGCCCCAACUCUGCCCUGAUGGUGGGGCACGUGGGGCCGGGACGCAGGGAUCGCCGAGCCUUCCUGUUGGACGGUGACUCUAUCUUACGUGUGGAGAAGGCGUACAUUGUGGUGGAGGAGGAGCCCGUCAGCUACUCCCUCGGCAGCAUCGUUCUUGAUGAAUCCCGCCAGACGAUCGAGGAAAACAACUUCUUACUAAAGUCCUUCCUUCUGGAGAAUCCUGGGGAGGACACGGCGGAGAUAGAGGAGGAGAUUGUGUAUGAGGCGCGGGAGAAGCAGUACUGGGGGCGAGUCAAGGGUACAAUCACGGCUCUAAGGGCCAUUAUCACCAGCCCAGAGGAACCGCCCAUCGCCAUGCCCUCAUCAGACAAACCUUUGUCCCUCAUGUGGGGCAUCAACAACAACAUCGCGCGUGUUGAUUACGUCACGCUCGUGCACACACUUCCUCCAGGUGUAGGCGUCGAGGUGGAUCUGGAGGGGACAGUGAGGCACUACGAGGCUCCUUACAGUGGCUCUCUGACCGCCCACUAUGAAGAUGGCACCAGCCAGACCCGCAACAUCGUGUCCUUCCACACCCACGAGGCGCUGGUGGGCGUCGCUGCUGUGUACAGGCGUUACUACGACAUAAGUAAUGGUACCGAUAUCGACAUACCUGAGGUGACUGAGCUCGUCUACCAGCUCACCACAACCACUACCACAACAACCACCACGACAACUACAACCACGACAACUACUACCACACCCCCUCCAACGACGACGACUACAACUACAGAACCACCCACGACCACCACAGAAGAACCCUCUCCUGAACCCACCACAGAGAACCCAACAGAACCAGAACUCGACGUGGCAUGGCACCCGGAGUUCGAGUCACUGUCGAAGGAUUCCGAGUCAGAAGAGAUGGAGCGGAAUGUUGUGGAUACUGCCGAGGAUGACAAUAGCCAGGCGGUUACCAACAGACCAGCUGAUCGCGUUCUUUCUGCCCUAGCGUCCAUCUUCACAACUCUCAUCCUCCGGUACUACUCUACCUUCCCCAUCGUGUGAUAGUCAGCCCCCACACCAACCCUUGUAGUGAUAGUCAGCCCCCACACCAACCCUUGUAGUGAUAGUCAGCCCCCACACCAACCCUUGUAGUGAUAGGCAGCCCCCACACCAACCCUUGUAGUAAUAGUCAGCCCCCACACCAACCCUUGUAUAGUUAUUAGCCUUAAGUUUAGUAAAGUGAAGAUGUACUGUUUAUUUUUGGGGGGAUGAAUAAUGUGACGAGUGUAGAGAUUAUAUAUAAUUUUGGUUCUUGAAUUCCUAAGAAGGGAAUUCAACCAGUCCUGUAUAUUAUUACUGAGGUCUUCCAACUGGGUGUUUUGAGUGUACUGAUUCUAUGUUAUGUUGUAUGUGUGUGUGGGGGGGGGGGGAUCAAGAUGUAAUCACACAGCUGGUGGAUCACACAGCUGAUGUAUCACACAGCUGGUGGAUCACACAGCAGGUGGAUCACACAGCUGGUGGGAUCACACAGCAGGUGGAUCACACAGCAGGUGGAUCACACAGCAGGUGGAUCACACAGCAGGUGGAUCACACAGCUGGUAUUUGGGCUGGAAGCAGAUGACACAAAUAGCAUAGAGGCAUCACACAGGUGACAGACCACUAAUAACCCACUUCCUGUUGAUGACAAUUGUUGUGAGGCCCAGCACCAGGUCUACAGAUUACCUCACGAAGAUAUGUGACAUAUUCGCACCUGUAGUUAUCCUCUGA